AAAACAUGAGUUCUAUGGGGCCUAAAAUGGGGUCACUAAAAGAAGUUAUUUUUCCUGUAAGGUAAACCAGUAUCCGGAUAAAUAUUUUGACGGUAUUUUGCUGUUAAUUUGAUAUCAAAAUAAGUAAUUAAACUAUUUUUACACAUGUCUUUAUCAUUCAUCUCUUUAAAAAUGCACACGAAACAUAACCUGACGUUCAAUAGCAGCUACGAAAGCAAACCGAAGUUGACAAUAAAAAUCUCGAAUUUCGUCUAAGGCGGAUUCUUGAUAAAUCCAAUAGAUAUAGAAUAAAAUUAGUGCAAAAAUCGACAGCCCUGCAUUUUAUGUAACUAUUAUCGUGAAAUUAUAAGUAGCACAUGUUAUCAGCGGACAAUCAAUAUGAAGUUUAAUUAUUUCUUCCCCACUUGGUACCUCGGCAAGUGUGAACUACUGCGCAUGCGCAAUGCUAUCUUCAUGCCCCGUUAAGACAGAAAGUUGUUUUGUAAACACAGGUGUGUUAUCAUAAAAACACUAACAUAAAACAGUUUUGUAAUAUAGUGGUUGGUUGUAGACAUGAAGAACAAACACCUAAAUGAUCUAGAUGAAACAAUAACAGGAAUAACAACGAAAUAAAGCGGAUAUUACAUGUGUCCGGAAACUGGUCCUGUCCGGAAACAAGUUCCCAACCAGUAGUGUAAGAAUUUUUUGUUCGGUAUAUGUGAAUAUUCAGACAUGUUGCUAUAUAUAGUAAGCCUUAGCUACUAGUAUGGCUACCGACUAGAUAAACUUUUUUUUUCUCAACAUUUUCUGUUAUAUAGUUAUAUAUUCUGGCUCUUGAGAAGGAAGGGACAUAGGCUAAUUAUACAAAAUUUGAAUAGAUUCAGUAGUUAUCUCCCGUGAACUAAACAACCGUCUGAUCACAGACUACUUUAGUACUCAAGCACAUACAUUUUCUAUUAUGGCCUGCAUUUGUUACCACACUCUGACCGAUUUGUACAGGUCAUACAGGAUUUAAUAGUUCGCCUUUACAUUGCAGUGGAUAUUUGUUAUGAAAUAACUAUACCUGUAGGCUGUACAGGCUAAGAGGAGUUCAGCACGAAAUUAGCGUACGAUGAGUUCUGAUGAAUACGAGUACGAAACUACCACGACAACUACACACACCAGUUCAAGUAAUAGACGGUACCAAUCCGGGGAGACUCGAACUCGUUUUGUCGUUAUUGGUGUGGCAACUGCUGUCUUCCUUAUAGUUAUAGUUCUUGUUGUCGUUGCUGUUGUUGUCCAGCAAAAGAAAAAGGCAAAUGAAAACAAAGAAACGAAAGAUGAGUGCGGACCAUACAACCUUCCAGAUGGUUUUAACUUUUCCAUGUUGUCUCCGACAGUCAUCUCGAGAAGUUUUAAUUGCCCUUUAAAGGGCGAUUGUUGGACAGGUGAACAAUGUUAUCAGUGUCUCAAACUUGAAACAUGGAAAGUAGGAAAUAUCAACUAUAUACCCGUGUGCUGUGAGAAUUGUUUGGUACGUGGCCUUUAUGUUUCAAACAGUGAGUGUAGAUGUCGGAAAUGAAAGAACGAACAAGGGAGAUAAUAGCGCUCACAUACUUCAGCAAACGCGAGGAAAUCUUCAGUGAUUUUACAUAGGAUAAUCGUAUAUCAGUAUUCAUGUAGUCAACGUAUACAUACGCAUUUGGAGUCCAAUUGCAUCUACCCAUACUACCAUUCCUUUUGAAUUAUACUAACCUCAAAGGCGGAGCUAUGACUAGAUCGAAACGGUUACUUAAGGAAAACCAGUGUAGAUCACGUGUCAUGAUAAUUGAUAUACAUGCGUCUGAUUGGAUUUGCUCAUUGCUUAUUCAGGACAUGUUGAACCUUUUUCCAUUGUUUUAGAACGUUCCUGUUCCGACAGAUGCUUGAAGCGUACACUCGAUUUAUAACUUUUUGUACAAUAAGAAAUGAAUCUCAGUUCGCAUAAUUUUCUUUUGUGUAUGAAAUAUAUCAGCUGUGGUUAAAAUAGGAAACACACAUAUUAAACACAUCCAGUUACUGUAUUCUGAUAAGGCCAUUGUACUGUCGCGCCGUCGAUCCUCGAUACUACGAUAACAAGUGCGACAGAAUGUCAAAAAGAUGCGACAGCAUGACAACACGAUCCGAAAGGAUGAAAAAAAUGAUGCCAUAGAACGAUAACACGGUGAUGUGACGGCACGAUAACACGGAUAUGAUUAAAAUUCAAGUAGUAAAAGUGAAACGAUUAGGUAAUUGCACACUUUAAACACACACACACACACACACACACACACACACACACACACAAAUAUUUCAUAGCCAAAUGAAAACUGAAAAAAGCAAUCCAUCCCGUGUACUCUUAAAACACGUAAAGGCAUAUUACACAUUCCAAAAUAAAAUAGCAAAAGGUUGAAAGUCCCAUUGGCAUUUCGUCACUUCAAAACGAAACGAAUUGUUCGACGUAUGGUCUCCGAGAUCAAGAAGGUGUAAAAUGGUUGACUUUAUUUAAAUGCAGUUAACCGCUUGUUGCGCUGAGAUGACAACUUAUACGUUACAUUUUAUAUGUAGUUUUGUACUGCAACAUGACAUUAUUAUACUUUAUAUGUAUUUCACUUUUGUCUUAUUUAUGUAAUACAGCUGAGUGAAUCAGUGAAGUCUUUAUAACACAAAUUAAAGAUAUAUAUGAUGCCCUUACUUUGUUUGUGUGUACCUUAGAGAGUUAUUCGUUAUUUAUCAUAUACCUGCAUGUACUAAGAAUGUAUCUCUACUGAGCAUUUAAGUGAAACAUAAUGUACUGAAACGCGUCAAAAACACGCAUCUGACAUAACUCUAACUAACCCAGUUCAGAACAUAAAUUUUACUCAGACUUAAUUGAGAGCAGAGAGCUAAAAGUCCCUCUCUUCUUUAAGAAGAAACGCAUAAUCAGGUGUGUUUGUCAGGAGUAUGAAAGUCACAAAAUUACAAAA